CCCCGUGCACUCUAAAAGCUCCGCCGCCCUCGCCUCCCGCCACUGUGCUGCCGCCAGGCUCCCGUUCCGUUCCGCACCGGCCUCGCCGCCCGCCACCUCCGCCACCAUGCCGAUGUUCGCCAUCCACACCAAUGUCUGCAAGGACGCCGUACCCGAGAGCCUGCUGGGUGACCUCACUCAGCAGCUGGCUAAGGCCACCGGCAAGCCCGCGCAGUACAUAGCUGUGCACAUCAUACCUGAUCAGAUGAUGUCCUUCGGGGGCUCCACUGAUCCCUGCGCGCUCUGCAGCCUUUACAGCAUCGGCAAGAUAGGAGGGCAGCAGAACAAGACUUACACCAAGCUCCUGUGUGAUCUGAUCUCCAAGCACUUGCAUGUAUCUGCAGACAGGGUGUACAUCAACUACUUCGACAUGAACGCUGCCAACGUAGGCUGGAAUGGCUCCACCUUUGCAUAGAGCACCCCCAACACCUGAGGAGGCUGCUCCUGGACCUGCUCUCACCCUGCCCCUUUAGCAGAGACCACGGCACAAAUGGCCCUCUGUUGCAUUUUGUGCACUCUGAGAUCGAUGGCUCCUUGUUAGUGUGUUUAAAUAUUGCUGCUUCAACAUUCCUCUGUUUUCUCUGUGUAGGAAACAAAUAAAGAUUUAGAAGUAA